AAGUCGUCCGAGGGCGCGCGGGGGCCAAGUGGCCAACGUUCGUGUGACCAAGUUGAAGUGAAAUGGGCGAGAAUCGUCUUCCAAAGGGCAAGUCCGAAACGUCUAGACCGCGAGCCCGUUGGCGGAAACGGCUGCAGAAGGAACUUCUGGCUCUGCAAAACGACCCUCCGCCGGGGAUGACUCUGAACGAAAAGAGCGUGCAGAAUUCCAUUACGCAGUGGAUCGUGGACAUGGACGGCGCGCCCGGCACCUUGUACGAAGGGGAGAAGUUUCAGCUCCUAUUUAAGUUCAGCAGCCGCUAUCCGUUCGACUCUCCUCAGGUUAUGUUCACCGGCGACAAUAUCCCGGUCCACCCUCACGUGUACAGCAACGGCCAUAUCUGUUUAUCCAUUCUGACGGAGGACUGGUCCCCGGCCCUGUCGGUCCAGUCCGUCUGCCUUAGCAUCAUCAGCAUGCUGUCCAGCUGCAAAGAAAAGAGACGGCCACCGGAUAAUUCUUUUUAUGUACGAACGUGUAACAAGAAUCCAAAGAAAACAAAAUGGUGGUAUCACGACGACACUUGUUGACGGCAGCGUCCGGGUCGGUCGUGCCCCUCCUAGCAGCCGAGAGCCCCUCCGAGAAAACGAGCACUUUUUGAUCAUUCAGUCUCUGAACUUGAACCUUUGACUGGAAGUGACCCGUAGGCAAUGAAGACUCCUUCCUCUUAGCGCAUUCCGACUCGCGUGCGUCCCGGGCGCGACGUCGCCGGCCCCGGCCCGGCCGGCCGGCGUGACCGCGGCCCCCCCCGGGGAGGCGGGGAACGCGGCGGGACGAUGCCCUUUUUUUAAUUCUUAUUUUUUUAAGCUUUUUGGAGAAAAGAGAAAACAAAAAAAGCCAACCUCCGGGUCCUCGCGUAUCGUGCAAUAACAGCCGGUCCCUCGGUGGGGGGACGACGUCCGGGUGGGAUUCCCGCGAGGAAGGGGAGGCCGGCGGGCAAUCCUUCGCCCCCCGACCGUCCAAAAAGUUCCCUUUGGACUCUCCUUCCCGGCGGCCUCGACGACCCCGCGGAUCGGAAGGACCGUGCUACCAGAGAGACGGUUGCGUAUUUAUUGAACCGCCUGUCUGCCGCCGUCUCGGCGGGGAAGGCUCUCUCCCCCUCCCUCCCUCUCUCCCGUUUCGUUCUGUCAUUUUUCCGAGUGGCCUCGGCGGAGAGGCACGGCAUCCCACCCCCGCGGCGGAGAUAAAACGCCUUUAUCGGACGUGGUUCAUCCCUGAGGUCCCGGAGGAUCGAGGUCGGGCCUCGGGAGCGGGGCUCUUCCCGACUCGGUUUUCCCGACGACUCCCAGGAGCCGCCGGCUCGCCUUCUCCCGUUUCCCGGCGGAGGGGAGACGCGGAGAAAGCUUUGUCGCACACUGUUUUCUUUACCUGUAAGCGUCACCUCGCCUUUGGAUCCCGUUCUAGGACAAAAAACUAAAAAGCGGAGGCUUAGUUUGGCAGGAAAAAAAAAAGGCGCGGACGUUUUUCUUUCAUUGAAAAUCUCAAGUCCCCAGGAUAAGAUGGGGUACAGGUCCUUUGCGGAUUUUUUUUUGCGGUUUCUCCCGAUUGGGAUCGUUUGUUUGUUGUUUUUUUCUUCCCUCGGGUCGCAAUUCGGUGCCGGUUUUUCCCACGCCGCGGCCGACCGGGCGGAAAGCUAGGCUCGUUCUCGCCGCCGGCUCACGUCCACGAGAUUGCCACCGGGUCGAGGGCGUUUUUUUAGACCGCCUUCUCCCGUACGCAAAGAUCAGUUUCUAUCCACCGCCGUUUUUCCCGAUGCCUUAUCGUCGCACCCCCGAGGGGAUAAAGAAGACACAAGCAGCGGACGAGGAAACGCCUCCGUGGCGGGAAGAGGCGAGCGCUCCGGUUGGCCGAAAGCUGGGGCGCGGGUACCCGAAGUCCUUUUGUUUAUUAUUAUUAUUAUUAUUAUUUAAGUCUCCCGACGGAAAGCGGCGCGUUGCGUAGCUCCGUCCGCAGGGUUGUUGGUCGAGAGCGACGUUUUGGGUGGAAGCGAUGAAUUGGGGCGGGAGACACGCGGUCGCGGGGCUUUCUCGCGCCACCGGGCCAGUCCGGUUGUUCAGCCCGGCGG